GCGGACGACAUCGAACGGGUCCUUGCGAUCUCUUGCUGCUUCCCAAGUUUUCUAACCGCUUCAGCCUGCCGGCCUACCUAGACGCAUAUACUCGCUUCCUUUAUUGAUCUUCUCCACCAGAUUUUGGUGUUCGCUUUGCUGCAACUGGAUCGGGGACUCUUAGCGACAGCUUGCUAGGGCUCAUGGCGAAAUCAGCACAACUGGAUUUCUUCGCAGGAAGUGAAGAGGGGAUGAAUUCCCCGCCAGAUCUUAAUUCUCCGUUCCCUUUAACAAGCAGUGAUCUAUUAUCGGACUUGGAAAUGCUACUACCGAUUCAAACCAUGAUGGAAACGCAAUUUAAUAACCAGCAAUAUGGUCAACCAAUUGGAACGAGUAGUGGAGUUUUGCGUGAUCAACAUCUAAACAAUUUCAAUGUUUCAAGAACUGGUACCCCGGAAAUGACUCCAGAGAAGACUGUGAAUCUGAAGAAAAGAGAAGCUGACAGAGCAUACAGAGAAAGACAGAGGCUAGGAAAAAUACAAAUGCAAAACAACUUAGGCAGGCUUUAUGUUGAGAAUGAAAAUUUAAGUAAAGAGAAUGAAAGCUUGAAACUUGAAGAUGCCUCAAUGGAAAAAAUUGUGCAAUUUCAAGCAGAAAUUAUAGAUCAGCUGAAAAGGGAUUAUGCCAAACUGAAGUCCAACAAUGAGAUGCAAAGUGCUGCUAGGCAACAUCUGGGAGAGCUAUUACAACUGCAGGAUUCGACAAAGUUCAUAAAAGAGGGGGACGAACAUCAUGUGAAGCCAACACAAGAUCCAACUCCUUCAGAUGAAGGAAGGCACUUAGAAAACGAAAUUUCAGCUGGUAAGUUGGAUGGUUGUGACUCGGAGGAUGAAAAUGAUUCUAGUAAGAAAAAGAAGCGUGCGGCUCAUUCAGCUCCAAGUGAACGUUGUUCUGGCAAGGUUCCUAAGUUUGCGUGUUAUGAUGUCAGAGCUGAUCAGGUCAUUGAUCCUUACUCCAUUACUGAAUGCCUUCGUAUUUUAAAAACCAUGGGAGACAUACCGUAUCCUAUCGUAAUGAAAGCAACAGCUAAAUUUAAGUCACCUGAUGAAAGGGAGAUUUUUGUUGGACUAACUGUAGAUUGGAGAAAGGAAUGGGUCAAACAUUUAGAGUGAUGCUUGAAGAAAUUUUUCGAGUUAUAUUUACCCUUUAGGAAAGAAUCUCUUUUUUUUUUUUGAUCAAAGGAAGCAUCCCUUUUUUUUUUUUUUACGUCAGGAACUAUUUAUAGUAUAUUAAUUAUACAUGCUACCUACUGUGAUGACUUUGAAUUUUUUUUGGGUUAAAGCCAAUUGUAGUCUUACUUUGUGAAAAUGUUCAUUACCAUCCCUCUACUAAGGAAAUGUUCAAUGUCAUCCCUCUAUUUUUCUUGCACCAUAAAUGUUAUCCCUUUAC